AGGGCUGCAGGCUGCCGGGUGCCCGCGGCUGCGGCGAGGCCGGCGGAGGCGGGCGGGCGCCGUGGGCGGCGGGAUGAGGAAGCGGACCGAGCCCGUCGCCUUGGAGCAUGAGCGCUGCGCCGCCGCGGCGCUGGACGCCGACAGCCGCCUGAAGCCGACUCCGCGCUUGGCGGGCCAGGGGCCGGCGGAGCCGCGCAGCGCAGCCGACGCGGGCAUGAAGCGGGCGCUGGGCAGGCGAAAGGGCCUGUGGUUCCGACUGAGGAAGAUCCUCCUGUUUCUUUUGGGGUUGUAUGUUGCCAUUCCAUUUCUCGUCAAGCUGUGUCCCGGGAUACAGGCCAAACUGAUCUUCUUGAAUUUUGUGAGGGUUCCCUAUUUUAUUGACUUGAAAAAGCCACAGGACCAAGGUUUGAAUCACACCUGUAAUUACUACCUCCAGCCAGAGGAAGACGUGACUAUUGGAGUGUGGCACACCAUCCCUGCCAUCUGGUGGAAGAAUGCCCAAGGCAAGGACCAGAUGUGGUAUGAGGACGCCUUGGCUUCCAGCCAGCCCAUCAUUCUGUACCUGCAUGGGAACGCAGGGACCAGGGGCGGCGACCACCGGGUAGAGCUGUACAAGGUCCUGAGUUCCCUGGGGUAUCAUGUGGUCACCUUUGACUACCGAGGCUGGGGUGACUCGGUCGGGACGCCGUCUGAGCGAGGCAUGACUUACGAUGCACUGCACGUGUUUGACUGGAUCAAAGCCAGGAGUGGGGACAACCCUGUGUACAUCUGGGGCCAUUCCUUGGGCACUGGAGUGGCAACAAAUCUGGUGCGGCGCCUGUGUGAGCGAGAAACGCCUCCAGAUGCCCUUAUCUUGGAGUCUCCAUUCACCAAUAUCCGUGAAGAAGCAAAGAGCCACCCGUUUUCAGUGAUCUAUCGCUACUUCCCUGCCUUUGACUGGUUCUUCCUGGAUCCCAUUACAAGCAGCGGGAUUAAGUUUGCAAAUGAUGAAAACGUGAAGCACAUCUCCUGCCCUCUGCUCAUCCUGCACGCUGAGGAUGACCCAGUCGUGCCCUUCCAGCUGGGCAGAAAGCUCUACAACAUCGCUGCUCCAUCCCGAAGCUUCCGCGACUUCAGAGUUCAGUUUAUUCCCUUCCACUCAGACCUUGGUUACCGGCACAAGUACAUCUACAAGAGCCCCGAGCUCCCGCGCAUCCUGAGGGAGUUCCUGGGGAAGUGGGAACCCGAGCGCCAGCACUGAGGCUGGCUGUGCGGAGAAAGCAUGAGGACCUCCGCCCUGCCCCUUGCCCUGCGGUCAGCAGCCCGGAGCCUGGCGGCACUCAGGAGCCUGUUCCCACCACAAGAGAGGCCUGGAGGCCAGCCCACGGCUCGUGGAGGUGGCUGGAAGCACAGAACGUGAGGGGCUCUGGGUGGUCGGCAUGCAGCCCCGGCCCCCUCCUGCUGCCACCACUCAGCCUGCUCUCACUGGGAAGACUUUCGGAGACACAGCAGGCAGUGUCCCUUGGCGGAGCCCACAGUGCCCGAGCCUGCCCUGGUGCCCCGGCAGGGCCAGGAUAGUGGCCUGGGACCCCUGCGCAGUAUGUGGAAGGUUCUUCUUGCCUUUUCCGGCACCCACGCAGUGGACUGAAGGUUCCAGAGGCGCACCCUGUCCUGCCUUCCUGCUUGCCUGCCUUGGGGGUGGGGUCCCCACUUCCCUGGACAGCCCGCUGCUCACCCACAGCCAGGGACCAGGACCCAUACUUCUUCAUUCCUCCCACUGUCCUCCUAACCUGGCCCUAGACUGAGCAUUUAUACAAGAAUAAAACUGUGGUGGUGGUCUGCA